ACUAUCGUGAGUUGAUGAGCCGCCUCCCCAGUUUCAAAUACUGCCGGGAUCCUCUUCAUCAAUCUGUUUCUCUCGCGCUCCCCUCCAAACCUUACUCUCAUUAUUCUUGGUUGCCUUAGGUUCUUUUCGCUCAUCCCCACACUCAUUUUCGGAUCGCUCGCGCCACAUAUCUCCCAACGAAGAGAUAACCAAAAACGCUCAUUUCCCAAUCAACACCAAACAAAAGCAAAAAUAUGCGCUUCUCCACUGCUGCUGUGGCGCUCGGUGCGCUCUUCGUGGGCGCCAGCGCGGACAUCGCUGGUGUUGCUCCUGAAAUUCAAACCUCGGUCCUCAUGGUCCUCGCCCACGCUAUCCCUUCAGAAAGCGUAUCAUACGCCCUAGCCAGCCCCGCCGCCUUCGCCUCAGAAAUGGCUUCGUGCCUUUCUGCCAGCAGCACCCCGGCGUGGUACCAGGCGCUGCCGACCGAUGUGCAGAGUCUCCUGCCCCAGAUUUACCCGCAUGAGACGCCUACCCCCAGCCCUACCCCUUCAGCGACCCCUUCGUCGACUCCCAGCCCUACUCCUACCCCUUCGUCCAGCGCCGUUGUCACACCCUACCCGACUGCAGGCUUGAACAGCACGACUGCCAUUACUAAGCCCCCGACCAGCGCUACCGGAACUAUUAGUUUGAGCUUGAUCCCUACCCCCAGUGCUAGGGGCCCUGAAAGCCCUGCUUUUACCGGUGCGGCUUCCAAGCUUUCGCUCAGCGCUGGUCUUGGUGCUGUCAUCGGUCUGGUAGGUGUUCUUGCUUUGUAAAGAAGAUACACGUCUUCUUCAUUACGCAAACUACUUUUCUUCUUCGUUUUGCAUUCUCUCUUCCCCCGGCUUCAUGUCAUGACAUGAAGCUAGGGAAAUGAGAGUGUAAAAACACCUUUUUUUUACAGGGCAGCGCCUCUAUUGCUUUUUAUUUUAUUGGCUAAGCUCACAAACGCCUUUCUCACGACGCGAUGUUGUUACUCCUUUUCCCCAGAAGGAACGAUCCGCAUUAUACCUUUUUUGAACUUUUUUUGCUUGAUUUAACUGGCGGACACGAACAUGUUUUGAUGGGAGAUAUACCUCAUGAGAACCUGGUUGUUAAUGUUUUUUGUCUUGUGUUUGUCGGGCUGGGCUUGAGGGUGAUGGGGCCAGAGGGAAGGAGGACUGGAUGAUGAGAUGGGGGAUGAAUGCCAGUAGUAGUAGUAUAUAGCCUUUUGUUUAGUUUUAAUUGUUAAUCAGUUCAAUGCUGGAG